CCGCUGUACACCUUCGACGAGCUGAUCGAGGCAUCCGGCAUUGGUGAAGAGGACGUGGGCAAGACGGUGCAGAGUCUAUCGAUGGGCAAGCCGACGCAGCGCAUCCUCGUCCGCCAACCGGCCGUCUUCUGGCCACGCAGCCCGGGCCAAGCACUUCCUCAUCAUCUACCAACCCUCCCACGCGUACCAUCGGUCAAUCGACGCGACCAAUUCUUCGUCAACGACGCGUUCACGUCGAAGCUCUUCCGUAUCAAGAUCGCCUCGAUCGUCGACCCGAAGGCCAACAGCACGGCGGCCCGACCCGGCAAAUCCGUCGAGCCCGAGCUGCCCGAUCAGUUGACCGACGACCGGAAGCACGAGGUGGAGUGCGCGGUGGUGCGCGUGAUGAAGGCCCGGAAGACGCUCGACCACUCGUCUCUCGUCAUGCAGGUGGCCGAACAGGUGGCGAAGCGCUUCAUCCCCACGCCGGCCCUCAUCAAGCAGCGCAUCGAGGCGCUGAUCGAGAGGGACUACUUGGUGCGCGACAACAAAGAUCCCCGGAUAUACAGCUAUGUGUCG